UUGAGUGAUGCUAGUCGCUGUAGUAAUGAUUAAAUCAACUUUAUCUUGGAUUUAAAUAGCUAGCUAAUGACCCGAGUGACUGUUAUGAUUUCGAGAACAGCAACAAGCAUCGCUGGAUUGGCUUGGCCUGGGUCGGUGUUGAAUUGGCAUCGUGCAUUUUAACUCUUGAAUUAUUAUUAUAUCGCGACAUGAAGACGCGACCUGCUGGGAACACCUCUAACGCGGAUUGGAUGGGUUCGUUGUGUGCUGCGCUCACUUCAAUGCCUUUGAAGCACCUGGCAGUUCCUGGGUCUCAUGAUUCCUUCAGCUUCUGGGUUGAUGAGCAAGCUCCAGUCGGUCCAGACCAAAAGGCGUAUGUGAAACACCUGGCUGCAGUAUUUCGCUUUCUGGCCAAGAAGGUGAUGAAGAAGUGGUCCAUGACCCAGAACCUGUCUUUUAGGGAACAGCUGGAAGGGGGGAUUCGAUAUUUUGACCUCCGCGUAUCUUCCAAACCGGGAGAACCAGGCCUUGAGAUAUACUUCAUCCAUGGGCUGUUUGGACACAAAGUACGUGAUGGCCUUAACGACAUUAACACUUUUCUAAAUACACACAGGAAAGAGGUUGUAUUUCUGGACUUUAAUCACUAUUAUGCGAUGAGCGAGGAGCAUCAUCGCUACUUAAUCAGCAUGCUGAAGGAGGUGUUUGGCCACAAGCUCUGCAAGAUUGAUGCGGUGGAGGACAUCACUCUGAAUUACCUUUGGGAGAACGGGUUCCAGGUUCUAGUAUUCUAUCACCAUCCAUCUGCUGAGGGAUGUCCUCUGAUGUGGCCUGGUAGUAAAAUUCCUGCUCCCUGGGCCAAUACCACAGACACCAACAAGCUCAUCCAGUUUCUGGAGACAACUCUGGAUGAAAGAGACAAAUAUGGAAGUUUUCAUGUUUCUCAGGCCAUUCUGACCCCACGUGUCAAGACCAUAGCCAGAGGCCUGGUGCUGGGGCUACGAAACUACCUCGUGGAGAAGAACCUUCCAACCAUAAUGACAUGGGUGGAGGCGCAGAAACCAGGCGUGAAUGGAGUCAAUAUCAUCACUUCAGAUUUUGUAGAGCUUGUGGAUUUUGCCAACACUGUCAUUAGACUGAAUAACCUCCUCCUUCAGGACCGAAAAGGCACGUGACCUCCAAGAACAAAGACUAAAGGUGUGAGGUCACAGCAUAAUGGAAUAUAUGGGAUGAUAGAAACCUUUGGACGUGUUUUCUUUAUAUUUUAUGUUUUAAUCUGCAGAUCCUUUAGUGCCAUCUCAUUCCCAUGAGCUACUAAUAUCACUGGAAAUCUAAAUAGAAUUUUUUUGUUCUCAAAAACAAAACUACGUCACUAUAGUCUGUGUAAUUAUUUAAUUAUUUAUUAUAUAUUUUUUAAGUGUUUUCAUAAACAUCAAAGGUUUAUUCUGUCAUAUAGAAUAUGUUGUAUGGUUAU